UCACACAAUGACCGCUACCGUCAAGACCUCGGUCCCUUCAGCAAAGGACGUCCUCGUCCCCGAGACGCUUCUCAAGAAGAGGCGCUCGGACCAGAAGUCGAGGGAGGAGCGACUGAAGCUCGCCGCUGAGGCCAAGAAGGCCCAGAAGGCUAAGCGCCGCGUCAUCUUCAAGCGCGCUGAGCAGUACGUCAAGGAGAACCAGCAGCGCGAGCGUGAGGAGAUCCGUCUCCGCCGAGCAGCCAAGGCCUCUGGCGACUUCUACGUCCCCGCCCAGCCCAAGGUUGCCCUCGUCAUCCGUCUGCGUGGUGUCAACAACAUUGCUCCCAAGCCCCGCAAGAUCCUGCAGCUCCUCCGCCUCGUCCAGAUCAACAACGCCGUCUUCGUCAAGCUGACCAAGGCCACCAAGCAGAUGCUCCAGCUCGUCGAGCCCUACGUCACCUACGGCGAGCCCUCGGUCGCAACCAUCCGCAACUUGAUCUACAAGCGCGGAUACGCAAAGGUCAACCGCCAGCGCAUUCCCCUCACCUCCAACGCCGUCAUCGAGGAGCAGCUCGGCAAGUACGGCAUCAUCUCCGUCGAGGACCUUGUCCACGAGAUUGCCACUGCUGGCCCCAACUUCAAGUGGGCUAACCAGUUCCUCUGGCAGUUCAAGCUCGCCAACCCCAACGGCGGCUACAAGGGCAAGAAGUUCACGUCCUUCAUCGAGGGCGGUAACACUGGCUCGAGGGAAGGCGACAUCAACGCCCUCGUCAAGCGUCAGCUUUAAGCGUGUGCCAUUGUGCGCACUCUUGACUACGGCGUAAUUGAUGACGGUUGUCGUUUGCGGUCCAGCGACGUGUGAAGGCGCAGGAGCUAUCCUUUCAUCGUCUUGCCGUUUGGCGUGGACCACUCCAUCACCCACACUACCUUCUCACCUUGGCUGCUCGGGGGACUUGGCGCACCUCUGAGUGGUAUCUCUUCUCUCUCACGCAUGUACUUCAUCACCCUCUUGUCGCCGCGUCUUUUCCGUCUUCUCGACACAUAAAAGCACAUUGAUUCAC